AUGCCUGCCUGGCCUUGCCCCUCUGCGCCCUCUGUGCCCUCUGCACCUCUGCUCCCACCGCUGCUCUCUCACCUCACUCACACUCUCCCUGUUCUCCAAGAAUAUAUAACAAACACCCCGCCCGACCCCUUGCUCCUCCCCACCACACCAGACUCCAGACCACUUCCAACACUCGAACACUCACUCUCUCGCUCACCUUCUCAACAAGCUACCACGAUGCUUUCCAUCCUCGCCCAGAUCACCGUCCUCUGCGCCCUCGUCGCUGCCCAGUGCGAGCCCUCCGGCCCCACCUCGUCCUCGUCCUCCAAGGGCCCCGAGCCCACCGGCGGAUCCGUCCAGUUCCACCCCUCCAAGGCCAACAACAAGUGCAUUGACGUCGAGGCCGCCAACUUCUCCAACGGCGCCAAGGUCCAGGUCUACGACUGCAACGGCUCUGCUGCCCAGAACUUCGAGGCCAAGCGCGGCCCCACUCAGAUCAAGGUCAAGGGCCAGAACCUCUGCCUCGACGCCGGCACCGACCCCAAGUCGGGCUCCAAGGUCCACCUCUGGCAGUGCUACCCCGGCCUUAAGCAGCAGUCGUGGUACAUCACCGGCGACAACCGUCUCGCCCUCGAGAACCAGGGUCUCUGCCUCGACCUCACCGACGGCUCGACCGCCAACGGCAACGGCCUCCAGGUCUGGGAGUGCGGCACCGGCAACAAGAACCAGGAGUGGAACGGUGCCGGCCUCGCCAAUGCUCGCCGCCGCCGCACCUUUGACAACUAA